CAAAGGACGGCACUCUGAACCUCUGCCCUGUGACUUCCUGGUCUUCCUCUCUUAUAAAUACAAGGGCAGAGCUGGGAUCCCAGAGAGUCAGAGAGCAAGAGAGCCAGGAGUCCUCAGACCAGCUCUGCCUGCUAUCGGGAAGAUGAAGAUCUUCGCGGCUGCCCUCCCCUUCCUCAUUCUUGCUACUGCCCUUGGAUCCCAGGUCGAGGUCGUUCAUGAACCCAUGAUGGCAAAAAUUCAGCAUGAACCAUUCAUACAUACGGAAGGUAAAGCAGGCUUUCACCGUCCCUCUGACUGCUGCCCCGACUUAAAACAACGAAAAAUUCGAUGUGCAAACAUGAAAGAUUUUUUUGUAACCAGUAGUGCAUGCUCCCGGCCAGCUGUCAUGUCGCAGGAGGCUUGUGUCCUCAUUCGGAUUCUGCAGGGCAUCAGUUUCCUCACCAAAAAGGAGCGGCUUGUCUGUGCUGACCCUUUUGAUUUGCAAGUUCAGAAUUGCAUGAGGUCCCUAAAGAUGAAUCACGUGGAUGUGAGAAAGAGGAGGCUUGCUUGAGAAGGGAUGCUAGGUGCCAGCCACCCCACCUCCACUUGUCUUGUCCCAACGCCCUCCUGGGAUUUUCUUGGCCUGAAUUAUUUUUCAAAAAGCAACAACUACUGUUCUUUUUGUUCUGGUUAUAAAAGCAAUGCAUUAAUAAAGAGUAUCCAAUGUAACUUUUCUUGAACUUUAAGAGGAAAAAGAAACUAUAGGAAUUGCU